AUGCGCUUCAACACAAGAGUGCUGGAGGCUAUGAAGCCAUUCAUGGAUACUUUCACGUUGCUGCUGCUGGCUUCCUCCUCUUAUUUCCAUUUCCAUUUCCAAAACUCAAAUCCUAGCUCACCACCACCUCCACCGUCCGGUUGUCCGUCGGUCGAUCCACCUCCUAGCCUCAAGCUCAUUUCAAUGACCUCUUCAUUUUGCUUCUUCAUUUGCGUCUUGGUAGCCGAUCCAUUUGUCUUUCAACUUCUUCAUUUCUUUGUCUUCUUCAAGACUAAUCUACUUUUAGCACAUAAAGUGCGCCUUAGUGCCCUUGAUAUUUCUACAAUAUUUUGUACCCCAAGAGACCAUGGAACCUCUCAUUUAAGACGUCAUCUAAAUAGCUGUUUGAAAAAAGUUAAUAAGGACAUCAGUCAAUACACCAUAGCCACUCAACCAUCAUUAAGAGGUGUUCCAUUCAUAAAAAACUACAAGUUUGAUGCUGAUGAGUGUCGUAAAGCUAUUUCUACUUUUCUUGUAUGUGACAAACAUUCAUUUAGAACAGUUGAAGAACCGGGAUUUAGAUACAUGAUGAGUAUUGCUAGUCCUAAUUUUAAGAAUAUAAGUAGAUAUACAGCUGCUAGGGAUGUCCUAAUGUAUUAUACAAAAGAGAGAGAUCGUGUUAAAGAAGAGUUGGCUAAAGCACCUGGUUUAAUUUGUCUAAGCUCUGAUAAUUGGAACUCGGGGCAUACUAAUGAUGAAUAUAUUUGCAUUACUGCUCAUUGGGUUGACGAAAAUUGGAAGCUACAAAAGAGAAUCAUAAGAAAUAGUUUUCGUGCAAACCGAGUUAUUUUGUGUGAUGGUGCUUUUUUUCAAGUUAGAUGUUGUGCACAUAUAUUGAAUCUUAUAGUUAAAGCUGGUUUGGAACUUGCUGAUGAUGUUGUUGGUAAGAUUCGAAAUGGAAUUAAGUACAUAAAAAAGCCGGGAACUCGUAGGAAAAGAUUUUAUGAUGUGGCUGACAAAAGUUUUCAUUUGAAUGUGACCAAAAAGUUGCGUCAAGAUGUCUGUGUGAGAUGGAAUUCUACUUAUUUGAUGCUUGAAUCUUCUCUUUACUAUAAAGAUGUGUUAGAUUAUUGGGGCCAACGGGAUAAAGAUUAUCAAAUAUUUGCACUUUCUAACGAGGAGUGGAGAAAUGUUGCUAUUCUUUGCAAAUUUUUGAAAGUCUUUUAUGAUGUGACUUUUUUUUCUGGUUCUAAUUAUCCAACGGCUAAUCUUUAUUUUAGAGGAGUUUGGAAGGUUCACAAGGUCUUGCUUGAUACAGUUAAAGGUCCUUAUUCGUUUUUAACUCCAAUGGUUAAGCAAAUGGAAGAGAAAUUUAAUAAAUAUUGGGCUGAGUAUUCGUUGAUAUUGUCAUGUGCUGCAAUUUUAGAUCCUCGUUACAAGUUGAAUUAUGUGCAGUAUUGUUUUACUACAAUCUAUGGUAUUCAUGCUUCAGAUUUUGUUGAAACCAUUCUUAGCAAUCUUAAACUCUUGUUUGACGAUUUGGAUGAACACAAUGUUAAUAGUGUUGAUUUUGGGGGAGAUUUUGAUAAGAGUGAUGAUUAUAAACGGUAUUUAAAUGAAUCUAGCACUAGAAGUGAAAAGUCACAGUUGGACAUUUAUUUGGAAGAACCAGAGCUUGAGUUGAAUAGUCAAAUAGAUGUUUUGGAUUAUUGGAGCAAAAGUUUAGUUCGAUAUAAUUAG